AUGGCAUCUCUGACCACCCCGUCGCUUGUUGGAUCCGCGAGCCGUGCCGUGAACGCCGCGGCGUGCAGCAGCAGCAGCGUGAUGUCCACUCGCCGUGCUAACAUCGUGAAGAUGUGGCGGCGCGCGAUUGCAUGGCGCGUGGGGCGCUUCAGCGAGAAAGAGCAGUGCGCUCUGCGCUCCCCCCGUGCGUCGCUCGGCUUCUCCCCUCUGCGACCCAAGCCUGUGGCUAAGCCGCCCAGCAAGAAGCCCAGGCCCAGGGAUGUGAUGGGUACCGCUGCUGCUGUGAAGCCCAGAGCGGUGCAGAGCGGUCAAGCGACCGUCACAGCUGCAGCAGUCAAAGCCACGCCGGCUAAGGCGACGCCAACAAAGGCGUCGCCAGCUAAGGCGACGCCAGCCAAAGUGACGCCAGCUAAGGUGACGCCAGCCAAGGCGACGCCAGCUAAGCCGACGCCAGCCAAAGUGACACCAGCUAAGGUGUUGCCAGCUAAGGUGACGCCAAGUAAGGCGGCGCCAGCUAAGGUGACGCCAACUAAGGCGACGCCAGCUAAGGCGGCGCCAGCCAAGGCGACUGUUGCAGGAGGUGUGAAGGUUCCAGGUGCAAGCAGCCCAGCAGCAGCACCAGCAGUACCAGCUGCAGCGGGUCCCCACAGCCCGAAGGCGGGUGUUGUUGGCGCAAGUGGAAUCCCGAGACCAGCAAGCAAUGCGACACCAAGGAGGGCCGUAGUAGGAGUGACGUCAAGUGGUAUUCCCAAGCCAGGAAAGGGUGUUGUGGGAGAGAUGGGAGGAGAGGUGGAGGAAUGUGGUGAGCUGGAAUGGGGAUGCAUGGCAUGA